GACGAAGACUCCAAUGGCUCACUUUCCCACCUGCUUCGCUUUGUUUCGGCCCUGUCCAUUGCCGGCGACGGGCGAAUGGGGAGCGCCGUGGGAAAGCCUGCCGUGAAAAAUUACGAAACCAUUCAUAUUCCUCCUCCGGGUUCCACGGAAGUCCUCACAGAACUAGCGAGGUUGUUGAUGGAGGAGAAGACUAGAAACGGGGGUGGUGGCCCGGAGACUGCCGCAGCUGGCGAUGGUGCUGGUGUGGAUCCCGAUCCUGGAACGCCUAACGAAGGGGAGAAGGAGCCGGAGAAGGAGGUCCCGACGCAGUUUCACAAGAGACCCGAUUGCGCAUUUUUUAUGAAGACAGGGACGUGCAAAUUUGGGCCUAGCUGCAGGUUCAAUCAUCCUGCAAGACGAACGAAACCCAGGGUCUGGUCGAAGAGCGACGGGGAAAAUGCUCAGGAUGCUACAGGAAAGCCAAAGGAACCUCCCUUAAAAAAGGUUGAGCAAACUGAGAAAAAGAUGAACAUCUCUAUCAUAAGUGAUGACAAGGUAGAGAAACAAACUUCCUCUAGAAGAUUGGAACAGGAAGAUUGCAAGUUUCAAAAGAAUGAUAUGGGAAAGCAAAAGGGACCUCCCUUUAAAAAGGUUGACAAGGUGGAGUUACAAACUUCUUCCAGAAGGUUGGAACAAGAAGAUAGCAAGAUUACUGAGAAAAGGAGUAAUGAAGCCAUUUCAGGAAAAACUGGGAUAAUAGAAUGCAAGUUCUACACAACACCUGGCGGGUGCAAGUAUGGGAACUCCUGCAAGUAUGCUCAUUUUCCGAAGAAAAUAGAAGUCACUCCAAUAGUACUAAACUUCUUAGGUCUUCCUAUUAGACCAGGAAUGAAGGAAUGCCCAUACUAUAUGCGUACUGGUAACUGUAAAUACACAGUGAAUUGCAAGUACCACCAUCCUAACCCUACCAUAGCAACUGACGAACAAGGUGCCCUUCCUGAUUGCCAAAUCAUUGGAUCUGAGCGACAUAUUGCAUUGGGUGUUUCUGGCCCUCCUGCGAUACCCAUCCCUGCUCAAGGAACAUUUUAUGUGCCAACUCCUUUAACAGUUGCAUCACCGUCUUAUUUCCCGGAACCAAACUUACACCCUCAAGUAUUCCCAUUCCAUUCAAGUUCACAAUUCAAUGACUAUCAGAUAGACGCCGAUGAAUUCCGAAAGGCCAAGCAAACCACAGUGCGAAUACUGGAUCACCAUCCAAAAGUUCAUCUCCAAUGAUGCUGCUCACUUUCGUUCCUAGUAAAUACGCUUAUCGAUAAAAACCUCACCUCAUUCAGAUUUCUCAUACAAAUGAGGAUGAUUUUUGUUGGUGAAAUGUGAUGUGAUAUUAAGCAGCGAAGGAGCAAUAGCAAUGGUGAAGGAGCAAUAGCAAUGUCAAGCGAUCCCUACUUAAUUGUUGCACUCUUGCAGACUUUGUAGAGCAAGGAUAAUAUGUGUGUAUAGAAGAACCAAUCCCAAUUCUACUUUAAUAUGGAUUCAUGUUGAUAAAUUUAUUGAUAAGUAUUAGCGAUUGUACAAAAAACGAAGAGAACUUUUUGAGGUUAUAGGAGUUAAAACUAUAGUCUCAUCCCUCGAAUUGUGAAUGAUCUCAUUGUGCGAAGCAUUAAGAACAAGUUGCAAACUUAUGUAUAUUAGCAUUCCUUUUUUUACUCGCUUUUAUGCAAGAGAAUGUUAAUGAGUCUAGGAUCA